AUGGGCGAAGACGCCAAACCGAUCUUCCAUGAGCAUGAGCAGAGGAUCGGAUACGCUGAUGACCUAAAUACCUUCAAGAUAGCCGGCACCCUAGAGGAGCCCACUCGACUUGCAGCGGAGGGCGUCAGGCGAGUCACAGGAUGGGGCGCGCGCAAUAAGAUUGUGUUCGCUCCUGAGAAGUUCGGGAUCAUGCACUUCUCGAGACGGAGAGGACAAGACGCCCCCCUCAGCCGAGAUCGAGGAAGGUCUCACUAUCCACCCGCCACAGGCGCUGGGCAAAGAGCAGGCAGCGGUUAG